CAAUGUUGUCACAGCACCACCUCUGUUAUUUUUCUAUUUCCUUUUUCCUUUUUUGGGGUUUUCUGGGGGAUGGUGAUAGUUAAAGUUGUCCUAUAAAAGGAUGGGUAGUGUCUGUGCAUUUAACAACAAACAACUGCCCCUACCUCUUAACUCAACUCCUCUUUCUCUCAACUCUUCUUCCUCUUCCAAAUUCUUGAAACAACCACAAUUUCCACCGCUUCUAACUCAGUAUAUUUUUGUUAUAAACUGUGUUUUUGUAGAAUAUGGGAUUAAGUUCAAACAGGGUAGAAGAUUUAUCAGGCCAUGCAUGCAAUGAAACAAUUGUCACAAUCUCUACUACUACUACUACUACAGAAUUACAAAUAUCAAGUAAUCCACCAUUUGAAGUACACAGAGUUUGCUUACCACCACACAAAACCACCCUUCAAAAACUUAGGCAAAGGUUGUUGGAAGUAUUUUUCCCAGAUGAUCCACUGCACAAAUUCAAGAACCAAACAUGGUUAAUGAAGUUGGUUUUGGGUCUUCAGUUUUUCUUCCCUGUUUUUGAGUGGGGUCCUCAGUAUAAUCUUAAACUACUAAGGGCUGAUAUAAUUUCUGGGCUCACAAUUGCUAGCCUUGCUAUCCCACAAGGAAUUAGCUAUGCAAAACUUGCUAAUUUGCCACCUAUUGUUGGCUUAUAUUCAAGCUUUGUGCCACCAUUGAUCUAUUCAGUUUUGGGGAGUUCGAAACACUUAGCAGUUGGUCCGGUCUCGAUAGCUUCACUUGUUAUGGGCACAAUGCUGAGUGAAGCAGUUUCUUACACUGAAGAGCCUGUUCUUUACCUUCAGUUGGCUUUUACAGCUACCCUUUUUGCCGGACUGUUUCAGGCUUCACUAGGGUUUUUCAGGUUAGGAUUUAUCAUUGAUUUUCUGUCGAAGGCGACUUUGGUUGGCUUCAUGGCUGGUGCAGCAGUCAUUGUUUCAUUGCAACAACUGAAAGGGUUGUUAGGGAUAGUCCACUUCACAAGCCAGAUGCAAAUAAUUCCUGUUUUGUCUUCUGUUUUCCAGCACAAAGAUGAAUGGUCUUGGCAAACCAUUGUUAUGGGUGUCUGUUUUCUCGCCUUCCUACUGACCACUCGGCAAAUUAGCACCAGGAACCCAAAACUUUUCUGGCUUUCAGCAGCAUCUCCGUUGGCCUCGGUUAUUCUCUCAACUCUGGUAGUCGCGCUCCUUAAGUCGAAUGCUCAUGGCAUUCAAACUAUUGGACACCUGCAAAAGGGUCUAAAUCCACCCUCAUUGAACAUGUUAUAUCUAAGUGGUCCUUAUCUGCCUCUUGCCAUCAAAACUGGCAUUGUUUCCGGAAUCUUAGCGCUAACAGAAGGGAUUGCAGUAGGAAGAACAUUUGCUGCUUUAAGGAAUUACCAAAUUGACGGCAACAAAGAAAUGAUGGCGAUUGGACUUAUGAACAUGGCUGGCUCUUGUUCUUCGUGCUAUGUUACAACAGGGUCAUUUUCUCGAUCAGCAGUAAAUUACAACGCUGGGGCACAAACAGUCUUUUCAAACAUAAUAAUGGCAACAGCUGUGCUAAUCACUUUGUUAUUUCUAAUGCCACUGUUCUAUUACACCCCCAUUGUCAUCUUGGCUGCAAUUAUUAUA